AACACGGAGGAAAAGGAAAGUUCAUUUUGGGUCCGUGGUUUUCGGACAAAAAAAUAAAAUUAAACAUCAAUCGAUUUGAUUACCAUAACGUGAGAUAAUUAUGGCUGGCCGUGAAACGUUUGAUAUUUCUCCGCUUCAAAAAGAAAUAUUAGAGCACCGUACAGCAAGGCGCAAUAAAUUGCGAUAUGAGUAUCUGAAACAAACUCAAAAUCCUUAUCGUCAUGCUUUGGGUGUCGGAGGUAUUGUUGACGAUAUCGCAGUCAAUCGCUUUAUGGCAAUGAAAGUCAGAGGAGCUGAGUUUUUUAGACCAACUGUUAAAAACGCCGCAUUCUUCUGGAUAGGGAUGCUCGGACCAAUAUUACUUACUACAUACAUUGUCCGAAAACGCAGGAUCGCGAAGGAGACGAAGUUGAGAUCUGGUCUUGUAAGCUACCGAGACCGUGAUUUUGCUUGUAAUUAAGCUAUGUUUUUGUAGGAGUACAUAUAUAUAUAUCUAUAUAAUAUUGAUUGGGGGAAAAUAAAUAAAAGUAGAACUAUUAAAAUUA